CAACCCUGGAACCUCCUUGCCCUCAACUCUGGUGCAUCAGCCAAAAAGCCAAAAUGGCCCUCCUCAGUAACAGCAGAAGUGCAGGUCCCUCCACUAAUAUUCUGCUCGGAACUGUUGUUCUCAUCGUCGUUGCGGUUGCUUCAUCCGAAAACACAAAAACGGUGGAAUUCAACGUAAAACCCGGGGGAGUUGUUCAGACUUUCUCCCAGAAAAUCAAAGAUCAUGAAUGCUCUUUCACAUAUGCAUCUCAAGGAGGCACCAAUGAGCAAUGGCAAAUGAGCGUGGGCCUCAGUGAUGACGACAGGCUUCUCUCUUGCUCUGUGUGGAGGCCACAAGGGAAGUCCUACCUGUUUUUCACUCAGUUCAAGGGAGAGAUCACAGGAUCAAAAAUGGAAUUUGCAAGUGCUUAUUCCCAGUCUGCUGUGGGAGGACAAAAGGAUGUGCCUUUGAAGGAGGAAGAGUACAUCGUUGGGGACUCCUCAGUGACCCAUAGAGAGGGGAAGUUCCGGGCUGAGCUCUCGAAGCUGACCAUGAUCGCCCGGACCAAACACGACGAGCUGUGACCGCACGGACGCAGGUGAUCAACUGAAUGUGCUUUCGUGAGAUAAAGGAAGGAAGAAGGAAGCUGGACGAGUGCAUUACCGUCAUCCUGCAGAAACCUCUGUGACAAAAGAGGGGAAGGAACUGUAAAUGCGAAAGAAAGAGAUUGCUCACUGUAACAGUUGUAGUCAAAUGCAACUGUUCUAUACAGUAUCGUAUAGUACAGCUUGGGGUUUGUUUUUCUAAUGAGGCAUCCCAGAGGGUGAAUGGGGUGGGGUGGGGAGGGUGGUUCUAUGGGGAUAUUAGAUAUAGAAAACGAAACCAGAGAUUAAGGAUCUGCUAGAAUAGCCAUGUGCACAGACAGAGCUGCAUUGUAUCUGAAGAUACUCCGUGUCCAAAUGAGGUUGUUCCAAGAAAAUUAAGAAUGCAGCUCACUGUAUCUGCCAUAACAAGAAUCCCAGCAUCUCGCACUGAACUCCCACUGAGAGUGAAACAAACCUGCAGCCUGCAGAUUCUGUCUUCCUUGUGCUCAUUCCUAAUCCUCAUCUAUGAAGCAGAAUUUGGCAGGAUGGUCUCUCUUGGUCCAGUGCAAUAGACCCACGGGCGCAUUCUAAAACUGUUCACCUACACGCAAUCUCAGUUAUUUAUACAGUCUGAGGUUUUUUUUGUUUGUUUUUUUUUUCUCCCCUGAUGCUUAUCUUCCCAUAGAAUAAUUUUUACAUCAGACAGAUGGAGGAAGAUUGAUGGGACUUACCCAAUCUACUGUAGCAUCAGUCCUCAGGGUGUGUAUUAGCUGGUGGUGGUGCAUGCUCCCUCAGUAGUCCCGUGGGUCUUUCCUGGGGGGCCACAAGACAUUGUUAUUUAGAUUUUGCCCCCUUACUCAUACAUAUUGCUAUACGUUCUACUGUGCUGCCACUUCUGUAAAAUAAAUAUUGAUUUGUUUUUUUUUUUACCAGA